ACGCUGCUCUCGGGGUGUGUGUGAGAUCCAGCCCCGGGUAGCGGGAGUGGGAGGUGUUGGAGGGGGCUGAGGGAAGCCAGAAAGGGAAAGUUGCAGAGGCGGAGAUAAAGCACCGCUUUGCUCGCGCUAGGAAAGGUGUCUGAGCCCCGGGAGGGGGAGAAAGGGCUGGAGGAUCGGUGUGCGGCGGUGCAAUAACCCCCCGCGUCGGCUCGAUCCACGCGGAGCUGAGAGCUUUCUUGGACCGGAGGAGGAAAAAGGAAGGAGGAGGAACUUUUCUGCUGGGAAGGAAAGCAGGACGCGGAUCCGCCGACUUUUUUCUGCAGCUCCUGCCGGAUCUUCGCAGCGGCAAGGCGAUCAUCCGUGGAAGGGGCACCUUCUCCCACUGCGGGAUCCGGACCCUUCUUGAUUAUGCGAGUCGUGUUCUUCGAGGAGGAGGAGGAGGACGACGAGACUUGGGGCUGGCGCUGAUGGCAAGAGCUUGAGAGGCUUCGUACUGCUCCCCCCCCCCCUCUUUUUGAGUGCCACUUUUAAAAACUCCAGCUUGCUGGAUGAGCCGCUUCUGGGCUGCUUCCCUGCGGAGCCCCCCCUCUCCCCUUUCAGCAAGCCUUGGAUCUGCACAAACUCAGUUAUCGCACCAAGAAACUUAAGGAGCUGCUGCAGCCUCGGCUAGGCUGCGAUGCUAGCAAGGAGUGCAGCAGGCCUAGAAACUAACGCCUGAGUGCCAAGAGAUCCGGCCUGAAAAACUUGGCCUUUAAUACUUUGAUUUCCCCCCCCCAAACUCCCCCACUUCUUUCGUAGGAUUUAUUCCUGUCCUCCUGUCCCGGUAUUGGGAGUUUGGUCCCUAACUUCGCAUCCAGGAUACAAAAUGGCGCUGCCGGGAUGGGGAAAAUUGGGGUCGUUGCCGUUUUUUGAUUUAUUUUGGACUUUCCUCUUGGUCGUCCAAAUGUUCACGGGAUUCGGCUCCUGCCUGGAGCAACAGCUCUGUCCCUCCAACUGCACGUGCAGAGCUGAUCUUCUGGACUGUAGUAACCUGGGGCUAGAAGAGGUUCCUGUAGAAAUGCCCACCUGGGUAGUCUCCAUAAACCUGAGCCACAACAAGUUGACAGAGAUUGAUCCUUCUGCCUUCUCUGGGCUGCUGAACCUGCAGGAGGUGCGACUGAGUAACAAUGAACUGACAGCCAUUCCAUCCCUGGGAGCAGCAUCCGCCAACAUCACGGCCCUUUACCUGAAUCGCAAUAGGAUCCAUAGCAUCAAGGCAAGGGAACUGGAGCCCUAUGUCGCCAUGGAAACUUUGGACCUUAGCUCAAAUAACAUCACAGAAAUCCGAAGUGGCUGUUUCCCAGUGGGGCUUCGUAUAAAAGAUCUCUACCUGGGGAGCAACCGAAUCAGCACCCUGGAGACCAAGGCUUUUGAUAGCCUGUCACGAUCCCUGCUAACGCUUCGCCUGAGUAAAAACAGGAUUGCCCAGCUUCCUGCUAAGGCAUUCAAGCUGUCCAGGCUAACGCAACUGGAGUUAAACCGUAAUCGCAUUCGCUCGAUUGAAGGCCUGACAUUUCAAGGACUGGACAGCUUAGAAGUCCUGAAGCUGCAGCGCAACAGCAUCAGCAGGCUGACAGAUGGAGCCUUCUGGGGUCUGGCCAGGAUGCAAGUUCUGCAUCUAGAACAUAACAUCCUGACUGAAGUUAAUAGUGGCUCCCUGUAUGGCCUCUCGUCUCUUCAGCAAUUUCAUCUGAGUAACAACUUGAUAUCCCGUAUCAGGCCUGAUGGAUGGAACUUCUGCCAAAAGCUACAUGAGCUGUCGCUAUCAUUUAACAACCUAACCCGGCUGGAUGAAGGGAGCCUGGGUGACUUGGGUGGGCUGCAGAUCCUACACCUCAGCCACAACUCCAUCAGCCACAUCGCCGAGGGAGCGUUCAAGGGACUGAAAAGCCUGCGAAUUCUGGACCUGAACCAUAAUGAGAUUUCAGGCACAGUAGAAGACACCAGUGGGGCUUUUACAGGUCUGGAAAACCUAAGCAAGCUGACUCUGUUUGGAAACAAGAUCAAGUCUGUGGCCAAGGAGGCGUUCUCAGGCUUGGAGGCCCUGGAACACCUGAAUCUUGGAGAUAAUGCAGUGAGGUCUGUUCAAGCAGACGCAUUUGCCAAACUGAAGAGCCUGAAGGAGCUCCACAUCAACAGCGAGAGCUUCCUGUGUGAUUGUCAUCUCAAAUGGCUGCCACAGUGGUUAACCAGGAAGGAACUGCAGCCAUUUGUGGUAGCCACCUGUGCCCACCCAGAGUCGUUAAAGGGCAGAAGCAUUUUCGAUGUGGUGCCAGAAAGUUUUGUAUGUGAGGAUUUCCCCAAACCCCAGAUCAUAGUUCAGCCAGAAACGACGACAGCCGUCCUUGGCAAGAACAUCCGCUUCACCUGCUCGGCAGCCAGCAGCAGCAGUUCCCCCAUGACCUUUGCAUGGAAGAAGGACAAUGAAAUCCUGCACCAUGCAGAGAUGGAGAAUUUUGCCCACGUCCGGGCCACGGAUGGCAUGGUGAUGGAAUACACCACUGUCCUGCUCUUGCGCCACGUCGCUUUCACCCAUGAGGGCCGCUACCAGUGCAUCAUCACCAAUCACUUUGGCUCCACCUACUCUCAAAAAGCACAGCUGACUGUUAAUGUGUUGCCAUCGUUCAACAAAACUCCCCAUGACAUUGCGGCCCGGACAGGGACGACAGCUCGGUUGGAGUGUGCUGCUGGUGGCCACCCUUCUCCACAAAUUGCCUGGCAGAAAGACGGGGGCACCGACUUCCCCGCGGCUCGCGAGCGUCGGAUGCACGUCAUGCCUGAGGACGAUGUCUUCUUCAUCACUGAUGUGAAGAUAGAAGACAUGGGUGUUUACAGCUGCACUGCUCAGAACUCUGCUGGCUUGGUGUCCGCAAAUGCCACGCUGACGGUGCUAGAGACACCAAGCUUAGUUCACCCACUGGAAGAUCGCAUCGUAUCCGUGGGCGAAACUGUGGUACUGCAGUGCAAAGCAACAGGAAGCCCGCCUCCGCGCAUCACCUGGCUGAAGGGUGACCAGCCUCUUAUAGUCACUGAAAGGCAUCAUUUCACCCCUGGUGACCAACUGCUCAUCGUCCGGAAUGUCGUGAUGGAGGAUAAUGGGAAGUACACUUGUGAGAUAUCAAACACCGUGGGAACGGAGCGAGCACACAGCCACGUUAGUGUGCUUCCAACAUUUGUCUGCCGGAAGGAUGGGACCACAGUUGCAGGGGUGGAAAAUGUUGGGAUCAUCACCAUUGCGGUGGUGUGCAGCAUCGUGUUGACUUCCCUGGUCUGGGUCUGCAUCAUAUAUCAGACCAGAAAGAAGAGUGAAGAAUACAGCGUCACAAACACAGAUGAGACCAUUGUACCACCUGAUGUGCCAAGCUAUCUAUCCUCCCAAGGAACACUGUCAGACAGACAGGAAGCAGUGGUCCGCGUGGAAAAUGGCCAACAGCCAAAUGGGCAUAUACAGAGCAAUGGUAUUUGCCAGACCAACCCUGAGAAGAGUCCUGUGGCUGAUGAUGCGCCCCCUCUCAUUUAUCGACAGCCAAAGCUAUGCCUGGGAUAUAAUAAAGAAGCUUGGAAAUCAGAUGAUGUGGCCAAUGGGAUGCUUCUUACAGACAAGACAGGGUACAGCUUUGCCAGUUGUGUGCACUGAUUGCAGUGGGAGCACAGAUAGCAUGACCGUCACCAUUUAUCCCAAGGAUCCAGAUUAUUAUCCUA